UCUUCAUGUGUCAGGGCUGAGCCUUCCCUUUCUAUUGUUCAGGAUAAUUGGCUUUGUUACGAAGCCUCAUGGGAGACGAAGUUGGGAGCGAGACAGGGAGAUGGAGCAAGGGAGGGAGGAUGCUGAGUCUGGUGAUCUGAGCAUCUAAACCAGGGAAGAGAGGAGGACACGGCAGGGAGUGGCGGCCAGACAGAGCUGGGAACCGAUGCUGGAAUUAGCUCUACACAUCGCUUUCAGGCCGAGGGCCAUGGCGGGCUUCAGGAAGCUUGCCGUCUCUGUCAGUGCUCUCCUCACUCUUGUGGCACUAAAGAUCUACAUUGAUAUGACUUAUACGUUUCCCUCGGGCACUGGCCCGCUAUUAGGCACCAUCCAAACUCCUAGAAACACCCUGAUACUCUUAGAAGCUCUGCGAGGCCAGGAGAAUGAGUCUAUUUUUGCCCUUCGCGACCUGGCUCAGAAGCUCCGAAAGGUGGUCAUUGAGUCAGAUGCCCUGUGGAACAGCAAAGAGCUACAUCUAUUAAAUCAUAAGGGACUGAAAGCCUGGACUUGUCAGAAAGAGAAACAGCAUUUAAAAGAUCCCAAUACAUAUCCAGACUCCCUGAAAGACUUUCUGCUAUAUGGAGGAGAAUGCAGGAACCAAGAGAUACUGAUAGACCAGCCAAACAAAUGUCCUCUUAACAAGACUUUUCUUCUUCUGGCCAUCAAGUCUUCUCCUCAAAAUUUUGCCCAACGGCAAGCUGUAAGAGACAGCUGGGGUAAAGAGAGAGAUUAUGGCGGACACCAGGUCAGACUUGUCUUCCUUCUUGGUGUUGCACCUGGACCUGACCUAUCUUCACUUUUGUGGUACGAGAACAAACAUUCCCAAGAUCUUCUCCAGUGGGCCUUCCUGGACACCUUCUUCAACUUGACUUUGAAGGACCAGUUGUUCCUAGGUUGGGCAAGGGUACGAUGCCCAGGAGCCAGUUACAUCCUUAAAGGGGAUGAUGAUGUUUUUGUCCAUAUGCCUGAAAUUGUGCACCAGCUAUCCUUGAUGGAUAGAAAGAAUCCUCACGCUCUUUAUAUGGGAGAUGUGGUUAUGGACGCCAACCCUUAUAGAGACCCCCGAAGCAAGUACUUUAUCCCAUCAUCCUAUUACACUGGAUCAUAUCCCCCAUAUGCAGGAGGAGGCGGGUAUGUUUUUUCUGGGAUCUUCAUCCAUUGGUUGUACUUGGUGUCACAGCUUGUGGUUCCAUUCCCCAUUGAUGAUGUCUACACAGGGAUGUGUUUCAUGGCUUUGGGGGUGAGUCCCUUAAAGCACCCAGGAUUCCGGACAUUUCAUGUUCCAGGAGACAAGAGCACUGCAAAAUGCCCCAAACAGCAGCUUCUUUUAGUACAUCGUAAAACACCCCAGGAAAUGCUGAAGAUGUGGGGGGAACCGAUGGCCAAUAUGGCUCCAUGCUGAUACUGGAAAGAACAGAGACCUAUGAUUCUGCACUUUAUCCUAAUAGUAUAUCUUCACUAUUACCGCCCUAACACGACUACUGUCACAAUUAUUCAAUUUGCCCUAUGGCUCUGUAUUCCUGCAUGGACACUGUAUCCUCAUCUAUUCACUCUGCUAUUCCUGCAUCUUCAGCCAGUGUCGCAACUACUGUAUUCUGCAGCAGUCUGCUUCCAACCUUCUGUCCCGCCACUGAGUGCCUUUCUCGCUGCUAUUUUAUAUUCAGUCUCCUCUCAAUGAGUGCCUUCUGCCAGAGCCCACACCCACUGAGUGCUUCUCCCCUGAGCUCCACUCAGUGAGUUCCUUCUCCUGGCCUGUGACUCUCUGCUAUUUUGUAUCCAGUGUUUACACUCAAUGAGUGCCUUCUCCUGUCCUCCAUAUCUGCUAUUUUGUGUCCAGACUCAGUGAUUGCUUUCCUCUUUCCUGUUGUGCAUGCAGACUUUUGAAGGCUCCACUUUGGGCCAGAAAGAGGUAUAAGUCCCCAUUCCUGCAGCGCUAAUCUCCUGAGCAUGUAACAAUUUGGGCUAGAAAAUAUCCACUGUAACGUGCCGCCAUGUUCCCGGUGAGCCAGUUGAAGGAGGGACUAUUUUUUACUAACUAUUCAAAAGGCUGAAUUCUCAGACAGAACACCCAUGAUCUUUGCUAGAUAAGCAUGGCCAAGUAUCUUGGCCGCUGGGGAUCUAUCUUUUUGGCUCCCUGACUCCGAUCAUUAAUACCUACAUAACACAGAACCCCAAAGAAAGGUGUCAGAUUGAGGAGAGAUCCAUACCCCCAUCUCUGGUCACAGGUGGUCAUUAGGAAUCACAGGGUGCAGGCUGACCCUAGAAUUGGAUUAGUCACCCCAUAUACUGCACCCGAUGUUCUCUGUGAAUUACCAAAUAAUGCAGUGUUACACAUCUGAUUCAUUGACCCUUUAAACCAGGGAUUACCAAGCACUCUCACUGUACAGGGCCAAUUCCAGCUGGUGCACGCGUUCAUUUUGGCCACCAUGUGUUUAACCGCAUUUUUGGUGCAGGUGGAUGGCACCACUUUAAAAUAAACACGGCAUCCAAAACUAUUCCUACAAACAAGGGAAUUUUUCUUUACGUCAUCUUUUAGCAACGGUCCCCUCAAGACUAUUUUUAAUACAAUAAUCCUUUCAUCAAGUAUUGAAAGGAAAUAGAUUUUUGUU